AUGAAUGAGAGGUCAUCUCGAUCACACACGAUUUUCCGGAUUAUUCUGGAGUCGAAAGAUGCCAAUCAGAAAGAUGGACCUGUACAUAUAAGCUACCUUAACUUAAUGGACUUAGCUGGUUCUGAGAGAGUUUCUCUGACGAAAGCUGCUGGAAAUGUGAUAAGGCAACUAAGCGAGGGGAAGGAGUUAUCAGUUAUCGCGAUUCGAAAUUGA